AUGUCAUCCGCACCCGCAUCCGCAUCCGCACCGGACCCUGCCGCCCCGACCCCGGCACCGACCGCUGCUGUCGAGGGCGGCGGACAGUCGCCCGCCGCAUCAUCGUCAACUGCGCGCGCGGCCGCCAGACCUGCCGGCAUCGACCCGCCACGGGGCCUCGCUUCCGACUCGAGUGACGAGGGCGUGCGGAUGAGCCCUGCCGCCGCGAGGCGGUUUGCUCGGCGCAACUUCAGGAGAACAGCCGCCACCCCCGACCUCGUCACCAGCCUGGUGAGGCCGCCGUCACCGGAAGCCUUCUACAUUGCCCCCGACGCCCACGAGCGCCUCCGCCAGCGGGCCUUGCUGCAGUCCGCUGCCGCCGCGUCGCAGCGUUACGGCAGACGACCCGCCAACACCGGCCCCGACCGGAGGACGGGCCCGCUGCUGCCCCCUCACCCGUCGUCUCUCGACAUUCCCAAGAGGUACGGCGGCGGCUGCGUCUUCGACUUGUACGCCUUGACGUAUGUCUCCGACCCCGACCCGAACCUGCUAUGCCCCAUCUGCCACGAUCCGCUCGUCGACCCCGUCACCACCCCGUGCGACCACACCUUUUGCUAUCGGUGCCUGCGCCGCAGCAUUGCGUCGAGCCCGUCCGGGACGGCGUGCCCCAUAGAUCGCGAGCUGCUGCUCUGGGCGGAAUGCUUCAGCUCCGCCAGGCUCAUCCGCACACAGCUCAGCAGCCUGCUCGUGAAAUGCCCCCACCAAGGCCGCGGGUGCGACAGGGAGCUGCGCCGCGAGAACGUCGAGCGGCACGCCACAGCCGAGUGCCGGUUCCGCGAAUUCACGUGCCCCGACACCUCGUGCGACAAAAAGGUGCCGACGAAGCCCGAGGACGAUAAAUGCCAACACAGCCUCGUCGGCUGCGCCUUGUGCAGCGACAGGAUAGAGCAGGUGGACCGAGAGGCCCACCUGCUCUCGUGCUCCCAGGCCAAGACGAGGUGCGAAGCGUGCUGGCAACUGGUCUGCCGGUCGCAGCUGAGCGCUCACCACGACGCGGAAUGCGACGGCGUCGAGGUUGGCUGCGCCUACGGGGACUUGGGAUGUCCCGUCCGAACCGUACGGGGAGAGAUGGGGGCGCACUCGUUCACGUGCGCUUUCCACCCAGAUACCCCUUCGGGGAUCGUCAUCCGCAAUCAACGCGACAUCAUCCAGUCCUACAGCGACCUCGGGGUUCAACUGCGCAACAUGCAGCUCCGUCAGGACGAGACGGCGGAGCGUGUCGACCAGAUCCUGGCCAACCGGCGAGCUGGCGCAGACGGCAGGAGCGGCAGGAACGGCUCCAGCUACAGCGACAACAGGACCAUGCAGGACCUGGAUGCCGGCUUUGAGGAGGUCCACCAGAACCUGACGCAUCUGGAGGCAAGGCAGAGCAUGUGGACCUUGAACCAGGUCAUGCCCAUCCGCGAGGAGGUGACUGAGCUGCGGAACAACAUCAACAUGAUACGCAUGCACGUCAACUGGCUGCUGAAUCGGAGCCGCGAGGAAGGGCGGAUCCGAGCGGCAAACAGUUCGGGACCGGCAACGGCCAUUCGGCGCGACAGCUCGGAUGACGGGCCGCCUCUACUGCCCGGCAGACGGAGAUCGUCCAGCGCGGACAUGGACGUGCCUCGCCUGUGA